AUGUCUUUGAAAGAACCUGUAAAUAGCUGUGCAACCAUUGACAAUAUUGAUAAUGUUGUCAAAAAUAUUGCUAAAUUGAACUUGAAAAGUCCUAAAUCGACUAAAAAACCAAAGAAUAAGAGAAAAAAAAACAUUGAUAACAAGAAUGGUUCUGUACCUUAUCAUUUAUUCAGCCAUUCUAGUAAGACCUAUUUACCUAAAACACCGAAGGAAAUAUUCGAAUCAAUCGAAGAAGUAGGACUAUAUAAAAAUGGCAAGUUUGCAUGUGAUAUUAGCCCAGAGAAUAAAUCUUCAAUAAUGCCCGUACUGGAGCACAAUGUUUCCCUUUUGGCAGGUAAAUCUAUUACCGAAUCAAAAGAAUUGAAAACCAAAUUUAUUGGAAGUAACCUCUAUUCUAACCUUGAAAUAUAUAAAGCAAUGGAUGAUAAAGAUUUGGAUAGUAUUGAGCCCUGUUUAAAAUAUAUCGAAUCUCAAUUCAAAUCAGGCACUUGGUCAAACACCACCUCAAAAUUAACAAUUGUGUCUGCUAGACACCACAUAGUAGAUAUCGGGAUGUCUUUAUUCAAUUCCAACGACAAGAAUUCUGAUACUACAAUAAUAUGUACAUAUCUCAGUAAUGGUUUACUACUGUUUUCUCGUGAUUCUCAUAAUAAAUCAUUUGGCAAAAGUGGCAUACACUCCACGAAUCCAAUUUUGAAAAAGAUAUGCUUCUCAGGAUUUGCGUUUGAAGAUCUGAUCACAAGUCAGGAUGGUGCUAAAGAUCCUGCAUUCUCCAUCAUUAGAGCUCGAUUAGAUGAUGACGUAAACCUAGUGCUACGUUGUGAAAUGGAUGCCUAUAAUACUUCUGAAGACAUUUAUAGCGAAUUGAAAUGUUACGCCAAUUUAAAAAUGGGUAACCCUCAACAUCGUAAGAAAUUAUUGAAAACUUGGUUACAAACAGGCUUAUGUAAAAAUUCAGAUAUUAUUAUUGGGAUAAGAGACCCUUGUGAUGGAAUAUUAAAUGAUAUACAACAAUACUCCAGAACCGGUUUAUAUGGUAAAUUUAACAAUAGAAAUCUUACUCCAUAUAACAAGGACUUUAAUUAUAACUCUAACAUUGCUGUAGAAUGGACUCAGCAUUGCCUAAGGUCUAUCUGCCAACUAAUAACAGUCAAUGUAAAUCCAAAUGAGGACGAAGGUCCACAAUCCUUUAAGAUCAAGAUAGACAUACGUCAUAACAUAUCUAUCAAGAAAUUAAACUCAACACCGGCAGGUGUUGAAAUACCACACUUUAUAUAA